UCUGGUGGGAGAUACAGCUGUCAAUCCAUCAGGUCUCGACGCCACAGCCAAUGGAGAGCCUCGGUUGGUCAGGGGCGUGUCCCAGAAUGCCUUGGCUAUUGAAGGUCGUAGGCAGUGGUUAAGAGUUACUGGCCCUGGUCAUCGAUAUGAGUGUUUUGGAGAUCUGGAUAAAUGUCCCAAUGGCUACACACUCAUGCUGUGGGUUCAGUUUACGGGGGCCACCAAUUCCAGGGGUGUGUAUCUGUCCAAUGGUGGCCACUCGGAUAGGUCACAUGGUAUUGCCAUGUACUAUGGCAGUGGCCCAGCUCGAGUUUAUCUUCAAACAGACCAGCGGAGAGCAGUGGUCAGUCGACUACGACAAUAUCCUGAACGGUCACUGGUAUCAUGUGACCGUCACAUGGAAGAGACGCAACGGACUGGUGCUCUACAUCAAUGGGAACAAAGUCGGACAGGAUUCUGCACCGGCAAGGAAACCCCCCGUUAGAGACGCAUCGCGUUACAACGACUUCAUUCUAGGACGUGCCAAUGACUAUUCAGGCUUAGGGAACCUGGGGACAGUAGUGGUGGAUGAAUUCCAGUUCUGGUCUACGGUGAAAUCGGCCAAAGAAGUUAGGGAAUUGGGACCAAUUUACAGGUAUUAUUUGUCAAUGGACCAAAUGAGAGGUGGGAGCAUAGAGACAAUGAACCUGAAGGGGCGAUCUAUGGGGGAUGUCAAUCAAGUGGAGGGGAAGUCAGGGCGGGCCAUCAGCCUGUCAGGGGGCGGAGACUACUUGGACUUUGGGCCUCAGUCGGACAUCUGCCUGGGAAAUAUGGAGAAAUGUCUGUACGGCUUUUACAUGUCAUUUUGGAUUCGCUUCAACAAGCUAGAUGACAACACUUACUUUGUGGCAACUGGUCCACGGGGAGUGGCGAUUUACUACCAAGGAGGACGGCUGUAUGCAGAGCUGACUAGCGACGAGAAACUGUGGCGAGCUUACUGGUACCGCCCCGUUGUUGGGCAGUGGUACUUUGUAGAGAUAUCGUGGGACGACAACAAGAGCAGUUUCUCGAUGUAUGUUGACCUGGAGUUGAAAGCUCAGCAGCGUGAGUACUCGUCCCAUCGACCACGGGAAACUUCUCACCACAACUUCUAUAUGGGCAGGGCAAACACACCCAUGAAUGCCGAGAAAUUUGCAGCUGUUGACGUGGAUGAGUUUGAAUCGUUUUACGCUGACCGUGAAACAUUGAUGUUCCUAGGAUUCAUACAGCGAGGCAAACCCACCAACCAUUACUUUGAUUUUGAUCGCAUGAGCGGAAGUCGAAUCGUCCAUCCCUCCAUUGCUAUCAACACCUUUGGCAGCCCCAAGUUAGUCAGUGGGAAAAUCCGACGAGCCUUGUCACUCAACGGAAACUCGCAGGUAGCAGAUAUCGGUGAACACGAUGACGCUUGUCUGGGGAACCUUGAUUUCUGUCACCAUGGCGCCAUGAAGGCAUUUUGGCUCCGCCCCGGUGACAUGGUCAACAACAUGUACUACAUGUCGAAUGGACUCAACGGAUUUAGUGUGAUGUACAGCCGUGGGAGACUGCAUGUGAAAGCCGCCACUUCCACACGGGAGUGGUCAUUGUCAGUUCCCAUGGUGAUGGCCAAUCAGUGGCAUUUCCUCGAGUUGUCAUGGCACCCAGAGCGCGGGCUUCAGCUCUUCUCCAAUCAGGAGUUAAUCGGCGAGACGUCAACCGGCGUCGGGAGGACAGUGUCGCAGCGUGAUGGGUACAAUCCCCAGCUGAAUCAUUUCUACGUUGGACGCGGGAAUGUGGACAUGAGGAACGCGGAGUUCGCCAAUGCUACCGUGGACGAGAUGGAAUACUGGUACAGCACCAGGGACUACCUGCUGGCCCAUGACUUCAUCCAGAGAGGUGAACCGAUGAAUUAUUUGAUCAGCAUGGAGGAAAUCCGUAACAGUCGGUUGAUCCACCCGACUCUGAACUUGCCCGUAAUGGGAAACCCAAAGAUCGUGCCGGGGCAGGUGGGUAACGCCCUGCGUUUGAACGGGAAAGGCCAGUACGUUGACAUGGGAGAUCAGCAGGACAAGUGUCUGGGCAACCUUGAGCUCUGUCGCCAUGGCAUCACUAUGGCAUUCUGGGUAAACUUCCAGAACUUUGAAAACAACAUGUACUACUUGUCCACCGGUGGCAACGGUAUUCAGAUCUUCUACAGGGACGGACACGUGUUUUUCACUGUCAAUCAGCCUGGGAAAACUUGGCAGGCAGCGAUACCGCGAGCCGAUUGGCUUAAAGCGGCCCAGUGGUACUUCCUGGAGCUCUCCUGGCACCCGGAACACGGGCUGAAUGUGUACAUUGACAACAAGCUGGCGGAGUCUGUGCGGGAUCCUGCGCUGCGGGAGACGUCUUCUGUGGACGGAAACGUGUAUUUGGGAAGAGCGAAUCUUGGCGACACCAGCAGAAGGUUCGUCUACGCAGAUGCCAUGUUUGACGAGAUGGAGAUCUGGUACGGUCGCAGGGAAGUUCUUCUUGCCUUUGACUACAUUCUCAGAGAGGUGAUUGGCUACGAGACUUUUUCCAUGGAGAGCGCCUCCAAUGGCAUCAUUCAGCACCCUAAAUUUACUGUCCGUUUAGUCAACGGGGGUAGGAUCGUCCCCGGGAAAGUUGGCAAUGCAGCCGACCUCAACGGGAACAGGCAGUACAUCGAUCUUGGCGAACAUGGAUCCCGCUGCAUGGGCAACCUGGAGCGUUGUAAGCACGGACUGACCGUUUCGCUUUACCUCAAAGCCCGGGACCUUCAGAAUGAUGUUUACUUCUUGUCCAGUCCUUCGUACUCCCUCUACUACAAAGAUGGCCGCCUGCACAGCACCUUUAACACUCAGACCCAGUCUUGGACAACGUCAACAACAAAGCUGCGCAAAGAUACCUGGCAGUUAAUAGAAAUGUCCUGGCAUAAGGAUAAAGGAAUCGUGCUUAGGCUGAAUGGGGAGGAAGUGGGCAAGUCGAAUCGUCCAACCAGAGUGCAGAAUGACCAGCCAGGUGACAGUCCCGUUUACGUGGGGAAGUCGAUAGCUGACAGUCGUAAGGAGAAGUACGCGAAUGUGCUGGUAGACGAAGUCGAAUAUCAUUACUCCUCCAUCGAUAAUCUUGAUGCAAGGGGGAUAACCAACAGAGAUCCUGUUCGUCAUGAAAUCUUCCACACGGGUGCUAUCCGCGGAAACAGGUUGGAGCAUCCGAACAGAAGAGUCAUCGUCUACGGCGGCCCAGACAUCGUCUCUGGCAAAGUAGGACAGGCUGUUCACCUGAAUGGCCGUUCCCAGUACAUCGACCUCGGUGAUGACGUCGCUUGUCAGGGGUCUUUAAGGCGAUGCCCUCGAGGUUUCACGCUGCGGUUUGACGUUAAGCCGCAGAGACUAGCGGAGAACCAGUACUUCAUUGGAAGCCACCCAGUGGAUGUGUAUUACAAGGAUGGCAGGCUCUACACCACUGUACGCACUGAAGAGAGGACAUACACCACGUCAGCACAAGGGUUCGACCAGGGGAAAUGGCAGCGUGUCGAGGUGUCGUUUUCACCACAGACAGGUCUUCAGCUGUAUCUGAAUGGCCAACUCGCCAGCUACACGACCAGGUACACCAGGACACCUGUCAGCUAUGACGUGUCACGCAAAACCUACCUGGGUCGCGCCACCACGGACAUGCUGAGAGAACGCUAUGCUGACGCCAUCUACGAAGACGUGGAACUCUGGGAAGCCAGGAGGGAUUUCCUGUCUGACUACCCAGGCUACAGAGUUACUACAACUCCCAGGCCCAGGCUCACCACCUUUCCUGGGCAGUCUGGAACAGCCCCACCCCAGGAACCUGAUGACAUCUUUACCAAAGAGAUGAAGAAAGUCGUCCAUUUCAACGGCCAAUCUUACAUCGGCUACGACUUCAACCGCAUUGACCGCAGAUUCUUCCGAACCGUCAACAAUGAAGAGUUAGAGUUCUUGUUGGCCACCUACAAUCGGGAUGGCUUGAUCUGGUUUACUGAUAAUCCGAAGCGCACCAUGCAUAUAAGCAUGAGGGAUGGUCGCCUGGUGUUCCACCUGGAGUACGGUGCAGGUGGCUUGGUGAGAACGGUGACCUUACCGGAGCGACUACGACUCAACGACGGUCGCUACCACAGCGUUCAAAUCAAACGAGAAGGUAGAGAGUUGACUUUCCUUGUGGAUGGCCAACAAGUCCGUCAGAUGACCUUGCCACGUGACCUUGAAUUCCUCUCCCCUGGGGACGUGCAGAUUGGUGGAUCUCCUGACCCUGUGGAUGUGACGGGUGGCAUUGUGCGCGAGGGUUUCACCGGUAUCCUUGGUGACUUUGCCUACAAAAAGCGAGCCAGGGGAGUGAAGAUAGAUGUGGAAUUGUUUGCCAUUGUGGGCUCUGGGGACGGCAGGGUUGUCGAUGUCAAUGGGAACAUCCCAAGACCUGACCCUAUUCCCUUACCGACCCGAACGCCUCCCCCUCCCCGCCGGACAACUCCUCCACCCCCCAGGCAAACAGCGAUCACGUUUAAGCUUGCGGGCUCUUACCUGCGCCUACCAUCCUUUGUUGUUCGUUCUGGGUCAUCAAUCUCGUUUGAGUUCCGCACAAUUGAUCCUCAAGGCCUGGUGCUCUUUAACGGUGGGGAUUCCUCUGAUGGACGAUUCAUGGCCGUCGAGCUGCAUGAUGGGAAGCUUUACUUCGUCUUUGACUUCGGCGGCAUAACCACCCGACACGAAUUCUCAAGCAAAACCGUCAACGAUGGCGAUUUCCACAACGUCCGCAUCAACAUCCGUGAGCGCUACAUCGAGUUGAGUCUUGAUGGAUCCCAGAAGACCAUCAACCUUCCUAUCCGUAGCGUGGGCCAGGGGUUCACGCUGGCCGGCCCACUCUUCGUUGGCUACGUCGACAGAAGCGAACGUAUUCCAUGGUACGUCUGGUCACAAAGAGGCUACAGGGGAUGCCUGAGGAACUUGCGGGUCAGCAAUGACAUCAUUGACCUGCAUCAGCUGGUGCGUAACCAGUUCCCGCUGAGCGUGGACAUGAGGUGUGGGAUCCCGCAGCAGCAGUGUGUUCGGGCACUCCCCUGUUGGAGCGGGACUUGUCAUGAGAGGUGGGAUGGGUAUUUCUGCGAUUGUUCCGCCACAGCGUACAGGGACAGGAACUGUGAUAAAGUUGCUCCAGUGGCAACCUUGGAUGGGCACACAUCGAUCACGGUGCGCUUCUCCAAGACGCAGAGCACCCACACUGACGACAUGUCGCUGCAGUUCCGCACACCGCUCGCAGACGCGCUGCUGUUUGAGACCAAAGCACGAGGGAAUAACAAACACAUCAAGGUGUACCUUGAAGGAGGAAGGAUUAAGUUUGAGACGAAUAUUGGUGGCGAGAAGAAGGUGGUUAGGUUUGGCUCUGGACUGAAUGACAAUGACUGGCAUACCCUUCAUAUCCGUCGUCGUGCCGACUACAUAGAACUCUGGGUUGACAACGACGAGCAUAAGGCCGAAAAGAUACCAGGCGAGGGUUUCUACCUGAUACUAGACAGCAUCCUGAUGGGAACACAUGGAAAUGUCACUGGAUCCAAACACAAAUACGCUUACAUUGGACAUCUUCGGAAUUUUUACGUCAACGGUCAGGAUGUGUUCUCAGAUCUGAAGCAUUCGUCAAUUUCUGUACCUCAGCCAACCAUCAACGACCUCCCACCGAUUAUUUUCUACCCUGUGACCUUCAGGACACGAGAGGCCUACGCGACCUUGCCUAGGCUGUCUGCACGCGAAACCAUGAACCUGAGUUUCAUGUUUAAGACAACUGCGAGCAGUGGGCUGAUCCUGUACAACGCCGGAUUGGGCAAGAAGUUCAUGGGGGUGGAGCUUAACUACGGGCAACUGAAUUACGUCCUUAGUGAUGGCGUGACGACAUAUCUAGCCAGAGUCGGGGAACCUUAUUCGCUCAACGACAAUAAGUGGCACUACGUGUUGAUACAGCGUCUUGAGACCGGGGAACACAUCGUCUCUGUGGACGGUAAAGCUGGCAAGGUCAGCACGCCAGCGGAACCAUGGGAGUUCACGGAGAGAUUCUUCAUCGGAGGACUGCCAGAUCGUAAAUUCGAAGACGAAAAGGUGAAGCUGUCAUUCUCAUCUCGCAAGGGUUUCCAAGGAUGCAUUGCCUCGCUAAACCUGAACGGAUAUGUCCCUGAUUUCUACAAAGAGGCAGUGUUUGACAAGUCGCUGGUGUCAAAAGGCUGCCUGGACCCUGGUAUUAUGUGCAGCCCAACAUCGUGCAGUAACUACGGAAUCUGCGUACAGGAGUUUGCUGGAUACUGGUGCAACUGUAACAUGACUUCAUAUGUGGGCACAGGCUGUACAGAGUUUGGCGUUGGUUACCGUCUGAAUUCCCAGAACAAAGAUGGCGUAAUUGUGUAUAACUUCCCAGCCGGCCGACAUCCCGACACCAACUCGGACGAACUGGCAUUCGGUUUUAGAACGUACAGUGAAAACGGGCUCUUGGCACGGGUUGAUAGCUCCAUUGUUGAUGAUUUCAUUGAAGUUCGACUCGUAAACGGUCAUGUUGUUGUCACAUACAACACAGGGGACAAAGAACACAGGCUGGUGGAGGAUAGACAGAAGUUCAACGAUGAAGAGUAUCACGUUGUGAGGUUCUACAGAAACAGGAAUAAUGCCACGUUGUUUGUUGAUGAUUACCCAGGGCUGGUUUCUGAUAAUACAGGUGAAGCGUAUGUCUUUAACAGACAGGCGCAGAUUUUCCUGGGCGCGUCACGAGACGAUAAUGGCAUCAUCUCUAACAAGUUUGACGGCAUCAUUGCAGGAUUUCACUUUAACGGAGUUCGUGCCCUGGACCUAGCUCGUUUCGGGGGCACGCAGGUACGCACGUUCAAGAACGUGGUGUUUGUGCCUCCCCCGCUUCUACUGGAUAGAUUUGCACCCGUGACUGACGCCCCUCUACCCACAAAGGCUCCUCCAAUCAUCAUCCCCGUUCCGAAGCCUACAGUCAGCAUCCCCAAACCAGAAGAUCCACUGAUUAUAGUACCCGGUGAUGUAGGUGGUGUUGGCGUGGCUUGGAGAGGAAUGGGCGGUCCUGGAUUGUCCGGUGGACCUGGAGCCGCAGGAGCUGGCGGUGGUGGUGGGGGUGGUGGGGGUGGUCUUGUCGUUGGAGUUCAUCCAAUCGGAACAGGCGGUACCGGUGGAUUGUCAGGCGGGCCAGUCGUUGGAGCCUUAGCAACCGCUGGUGGCCCCGGUGCAGGAGGUGCCUUCACCGGUGUAAGAGCUGGUGCUGUAGUGGGAACGGUACUGGGAAUCUUGGCUUUCCUCAGCUCUCUGAUGUGGGCGUUCUAUAGGUGCAAACCUGGCUGGUGCCCGUGCUGGGCUCCUGCGGGCUCCCCAGCAACUCCACUGGAUAUAUCAGCUCCGCGUGCCGGGUCCAACCUGGCUGUGGUGCAGGCGCAGUCUGGUGGUGCCUUUGGCAAAACGACGACGGUGACCACAGUGAAUGGCGGCGCCGCAAGCUCCGGUGGUCAGUACGCAUCGUAUUAUGGCGCCUCAAAUGCUCAGGCGAGCGCCCAGGGCAUGAGCACAGCGGAGGCUUAUGACAGCGCUACGUUGAGAGCUACCGGAACCUUCUCCAACAAAGGGACUGUUAUAGGCACGCCCAAAGCUCAACGGAGGGAAAUUGAUGGACUUGCAGGCGGAUCUUACUCCUCCUCAACUUUCAGACAAACCUCCUCUAGUUUCAGCGGAGGUCAACAGGUUAGCCCGCCUCCCCCGCAGUACAACACCAUCGGUGGUUCCUAUGGCAACAGCACCAUGUCGUCGUCUUAUCAGUACCAGGUUCAGAAUGUUCGGACAGUCAGCAUGGGACAGCACAGCUUUGCUAACACGGGUCUGCCGUCAGGGGCCAUAACUCUGCAGGGACCGGCAGCAGAGGAGAUUCGUGUGGAUUGCUGUCUGAUCACGUCUGAUGGACACAGUGUGAUCACUGGGUCGUGUAUUGGAACUCCGCACGUGUGGGACAUGUCUAAUGGUGAAUUAGUCCGUUUUAUGAAGGGUAACACAAAUGGCUCCACGGAUCUCCACCUAGCCUGCAAUGACCGGUUACUGGUCGGCGACGUCAACGCAGAUGUGGACGUUAACGAGUUUUCUAACAGGAAAGGUGUCAUGAACAGAAAACUACAGAUCUGGGACUUCCAAAGUGGGCGGCCUUUAGAAAUGGGCGGGGACGAAUAUUGCUCCGCCCUUUGUAUAAUGAGUGAUGGCGAUAAGGUGGUGUACGCACGGACCAAUCAAAUGGGCAGUAGCACCAGUGUGGUCGUCUGGGAUCUCCUUGGCAACCAGAUGAUUAAAGAAAUGCGCUAUGAUGCGUCUCUUGGCAACAAUGAUCAUGUCUGCUUCUUGGCACUUUCUCAGAAUGACAGGUAUGUUGUGGCUGGAUUCCGCAACACGAUUGACGGCCAGGCCAACUACGUAGUGUUUGACAUGACCUUGACCUCUUAUAACAUCGUGGAGCCAAGCCUGCUGAUGCUGGAUGCAGAACCUGAGGUGACGGUAACUCUGCCACGCGACGAGGCGGUCACGGGACUAAGGAAUGGAGACUUAGUCAUUUGGAAUCUGAGGAACGGGCGAUCGAGUCGACAGUUGCUGUCUAACUCAGGUCACCACGCCCACAGCCGAGAGGUGAAAGCUCUGGCAUUGUCGGAGGACAACCGUUUCCUAGUGUCGGCAUCGGCAGACGGGACGCUCAAACUGUGGGACAUGGCCACAGAGAAACAGGCCUACACGUUGACUGGACAUCAAGACGAGGUGUGGUGCACGACUAUAUCUUGUGACAACGAAAUCAUCUUGUCUGGAUCACGGGACGGCACCAUCCGACUGUGGCGACUGAAGACAGGCACCCAGAUGUGUGUGUUCAACGCUCAGCUCGACAUUUUCUCCAUCAAGAUGAGUCGGGACAAAGGAACAAUCGUAGCUCUGGCGGAUAAAUACGGCACCCGCAAACUUAUCAUGCUGCAAGUAGUCCGGACCAAGUCAACCAGGAAGUACAGUUUGUGAGGUGGUCACAUCAUUUAUAUAGUCAUGUGUCCAAGUCAGUUAAUGUCUCUAGUUAUUUCUUCAAUAUUGUGAUGGGAGUCAAAGAAAGAGAAAAAAUAUGGCUUUUGUUAAUAAGAGUUAAAAAAGAAAAUUAAUUUGUGCCAUAAGAAAGACUUUCCGGGUGGAACUAUAUUUUGUGGAGUCAUUCUACACAUAGUGCUUGCAUGGUUGGUGAUAGCACAGAUAUAUGAGCAGCACGACAGAUGGCAACAUGGCCGGCAAUGUUGCCAGAGGUGAUAGUGGGCACACCACUAUUCUAGAUGGGCGCAUGUCCUCUGAUGUUUAAAACUUGGAACUGUUCUUUCCUGUAUGCAAACCUGUCCAGAGACACUAUGGAUUAUAAAACUAAUUUACAUUUGUAAUGCUAUCUCAUUGGUUCUGCAUGAAAUGACAGAACUCUUGUAACAGCCUUUUGUACACGUUUUCUGUUGAUGUGUGGAAAACUACAGUACCGUUCCUUCCCAUUUGUGUCUAUAAUGUCAUCCGUAAAACGAACAAAGUACCAGAGGAAAUAAAUGUGAGCUAAUAUGCAGAAAAAUCAAAUACAAAAAAACCGCAUUUGUGAAAAAGUUAUAAGAUGCCAGUGAAUGUUUUAGUCUUAAUAUUUUUGUGAUGGACAAGUAUUUUUUUUUUUAAGAAAAUACUUGAUGAAAACAGUAACAUGUUAGAUAGUGGUGAAUUAGAAUAGCUAUUGUAUGCUGCUGUUUACAAGUGAUAUUGCCACAUUUCAAAUUGUUAUUUGUCCAGUAACAGUGCGCUUGCCCUUGUUGGUUGCUGAUAGUAACCUAGCCAAAUGAGAUUGGAUACAUUUUUUUUUAAAAAUUGAUACUCAAACAGUUGCGAAAUGAAUUGUUAGAUUUUUAAUAUGAAUUUUUGCGCUGAGAAAUGAAUUCUAAAAGAAAUUGCUGAAUUGUGCUUCAUGUGCUUGUUGAAUUACAGAAUGUUUGUUUUCGUGUUUAGACUUUCAGACUGUUGAAUUAUAUAAUUGUGAUGGAGGUUUGGAAGUAUUGUAUUUAGUGAUGAGAAAUUUCCAAACUGCAAAAAUAAUUUUGAGAAUUAUUUUUUGCCCAGAAAAUUUUACAAACCAGUUCAUUUUUCUUUGAAGGAAGUCAUUUUAUGUUGAAUUUCUAGUGGUAUUUCAUGGCAUUAUGGUUGAAAAUUCACAAAAUUUGAUGAUGGAAACUUGAUACAUGGAAUUCUUGGAAAUUCUGUCCUACUGAAGACCUCGUUAUUUUAGAGGUCAGUUUGGAAAAGGAAAUUCCAGUUAGAUGUACCAAAUUCAAUGCAAGUUAAACCACCAGGGAAGGCCCGUAUAGAGAGGCUUUAUUUUCUAUUGUGUUCAACUUCUUUGCAUGUGGGUGGACUGUUGACGCAUGCAUGCUAGCUGUGGGACUUUAAUAUUGAAAUGCAAAAGGGUAAGGUGAAAUUACAUGGUACAGGCGUGAAUAUAGUUUUGGAAUCUCAUGUUAGAAGCUCCGUUGCCG